GAUGAAUCAGUUCUGAGUGUAGCCCACUGAAGUUAUACACUAGUUUUCUCUUCUGUCUGUCUUUUUGUGAAUCAAGAGCUCCACCUCUCCUAAAGUUGUCACGAGUCGAGGAACUACCUCCUUUCAAUGUUCCCUCAAUUAGGAGCAAAGCGAGCGUAGUGAGGGACAGCGAGCGGUGAGGACGCCGAGGGAAGAGGCUGACUGAGCAUUUAGGAGAUAUACAGCGAGUUUUAGUUUCAAGGCAUGCAGUUUAGAUAAAUAGGUAGAACAACCACUCCACAAGCUCUACGGAUCUGAAAACAUUAGAGCAACUCAGGUGUUGAUUUAAACAAAACACAUUUUAGUGGAUUCAUUUAGAAAUAGAAUGGGUUCCAGAAGAUACCGUUCGGAGACGCCGGGAGAAGUGAACUACCCAUUCUGCGGUAUUGGGGUUUGUCUGAUAAUAAUCCUACAGUUGUGUGCUGCAUUCAACUUGGACGUGGAAAACCCCACUGUCUACAGCGGACCUAAUGGGAGCUACUUCGGAUAUUCCGUGGAAUUUUACUUGACCAAUUCUUCAAGUGUCAGUGUGGUGAUCGGUGCUCCCAAGGCCAAUACCAGCCAGCGCAACAUCACAGAGGGCGGGUCCGUGUACUACUGCCCAUGGAGUCUCGGCCAAUCAGAGUGCCACAACAUUGAGUUUGACAAUCAAGGGGACCGAACAGUCACACUCAACACCACAGACUACCAGGCUGAAGUCAAGUCCCACCAGUGGUUCGGCGCCACCGUCCGUUCCCACGACGACACCAUUCUGGCCUGCGCCCCUCUGUACUCCUGGAGAACCAAAGCAGACCUGCCCCAGUCAGAUAUCACAGGAACCUGCUACCUCUCUGUCAAGAACUUCACCAAGUUUGUGGAAUAUGCUCCCUGUCGCACAGAAUUCAUUAACGAGGGGGGCCAGGGCUACUGUCAGGGGGGGUUCAGUGCUGAUUUCACCAAGGAUGGGAAAGUGGUGCUUGGAGGACCAGGCAGCUUCUUCUGGCAAGGUCAGGUGAUCUCAGCAGCCAAAGAAGAGAUCAUCAAAGCUUACUACCCAGGGUACUUCAUGCAGUCUGUAGAGGGACAGAUCCAGACCAGACAGGCUCAGCUCAAAUAUGACGACAGCUACCGCGGUUACUCUGUUGCGGUCGGGGAAUUCAGUGGAGAUGAGGUGGAAGAUUUUGUGGCUGGGGUCCCAAAAGGAGACAUGCUAUACGGUUUGGUGUCUGUUUUAAAUGGCACUGAUCUGAAGUCCAUGCUCGACUACACUGGUGAACAGAUGGGCUCCUAUUUUGGGUAUGCUGUGGCCACAGCUGACAUCAAUAACGACGGUAUGGCUGACCUGUUGGUGGGAGCUCCCAUGUAUAUGACCCGGGGGUCAGACAGUCGCCUGGAGGAGGUGGGCCGUAUGUACGUCUAUCUGCAACGUGGACCCCUGGACCUGGAGCCAACCCUUAACCUGACCGGAACCCAGGUGUUCGGGAGGUUUGGUAGCACCAUCGCCGCUCUGGGAGAUCUCAACCAGGACGGAUACAAUGACGUGGCCAUCAGCUGUCCAUUCGGUGGAGAUGACCAGCAGGGAUUGGUUCUCAUCUACAACGGAUUUGCUGGAGGGCUCAGGGACACGCCCUCUCAGGUCAUAGCUGGCCAAUGGGCUUCAGGCACUGUGCCCGCAAGCUUUGGAUUUGCCCUCCGAGGUGCUAAAGACCUGGACAUGAAUGGUUACCCAGAUCUUAUUGUUGGUGCUUUUGGAGUUGACAAGACAGUUCUGUACAGAUCCCGGCCCAUCGUCAACACCAGCGCCUCCCUGACCGUCUACCCCACCAUGAUCAACCCUGAGGAGAAGAGUUGUUCAGUCAACAACGGCAACACCACCAUCCCUGUCUCCUGUGUCAACCUGAGUUUCUGCCUCUCGGCCAAUGGGAAGUACCUCCCAGACAACCUAGACUUCCAGGUAGAGGUGCAGUUGGACCGUCUGAAACACAAGCAGAAGGGAGGGGUGAAGAGGGCUCUGUUUGUAGACUCCCAGCAGACAGUGCUCACGAGGAGUGUGAGGGUGCGGAACAGAGAGCGCGUGUGUCACGACACCAAGAUCUAUCUGAGGGAUGACAAGGAGUUCAGAGAUAAGCUCUCCUCCAUCUACAUCUCCCUCAACUUCAGUCUGGAUCCUCAGGCAGCGUUCGACUCCCACGGCCUCAGACCCAUCCUCAACUACCAGUCCACCGAGCUCAUCGAGCAGAAGGCCCAGAUUCUGCUGGACUGUGGAGAAGACAACAUUUGUGUUCCUGACUUAAAGCUGGCGGUGCACGGGGACCGGAAGGAAGUGUACCUAGGUGACGACAACUCACUGACCUUGACUUUCAAUGCUCGGAACGAGGGUGAAGGAGGGGCCUACGAGGCUGAGCUGUACGUGGUGCUGCCUCCUGAAGCGGACUACAGCGGUAUAGCCCGCAAUAACGAGAGCCUGACCCAGCUAACCUGUAGCUACGAGACAGAGAACCAGACCCGCUACCUCAGCUGUGACCUGGGCAACCCUAUGAAGUCUGGCACCAGCCUGUGGGCAGGUCUGCGCUUCACUGUGCCACGACUGAAGGAUACACGCAAGACGGUUCAGUUUGAACUGCAGAUCCGCAGUAAAAAUGAGAAUAAUUCCCACAGCGAGGUGGUUCCCUACAAGUUGGAGGUGGUUGUCCAGGCCGAUGUUAUUUUACAAGGAGUCUCCCGGCCAGACAAGGUCUUCUUCCCUCCCCCCAACUGGAAGGUGUCCAAGAGCCCCCAGGUGGAGCAGGACAUUGGGCCUGCAGUCCAACAUGUCUAUGAGCUGGUGAACAAAGGCCCUAGUGGUAUUAGCCACACAGUGCUUCAGCUCAGUUGUCCUCUCAGUGUUCAGGGACAGCGUCUCCUCUACCCUCUGGAGAUCUCUACUGAGGGACCCCUCAACUGCACCACCAACCACUCCAUCAACUACAUGCAGCUCAAGCUCCAGCAGUCGUCCACAGAGCAGCCUCCCCUACUUGUGCCCGGCCAGGAUCACCACAUCGAGAGGAGAGACGUCCACAGAGACCAGCUGGCUGAGCACACUAACCUGUCCUGCUCUAAUGUAGAAUGCUGGACGCUGCAGUGCGACGUUGGUCUUCUGGAGAAGGGGACCAGCGCCAUCCUCAAAGUGCGCUCCCGCAUCUGGGCUGAGACCUUCAUCGAGAGAGCAUACAAAGGGUAUGUGCUUGAGUGCCUGGCAAGAUUCAGUGUGAUCAAGAUGCCCUAUGCCAUCUUACCCAAGGAACUACCAAGUGGAUCUAAAAAGGUGGUGACCCCGGUGGUGUGGAACAAGCCGGACAGCCAGUACUCCGUGCCAAUGUGGAUCAUCAUCUUGGCCAUACUAGCUGGACUUCUUCUGCUGGCACUGGUGAUUUACGUCCUGUACAAACUUGGCUUCUUCAAGAGGUCGCUACCCUACGGCACGGCUAUGGAGAAGGCCCAACUCAAGCCCCAUGCUACGUCUGAGGCCUAAACACCACAGAAGGAUUAAAACAAGCUAAAAGAACCAAAGAAACCUAGAUACCCACAUGAUUGCAACAGAGAAACAUGGUUCAUUUAAAUGUCCAGAGAGGAUCAGACUGCAGUUGAAGAGUGAGGAAGAGGAGGAGAAAAGACCACUGGAACUCCACUGUACUGCACUAGAGGAAGAAAACCCUAAGAACUCCAAACCAAAUGAAUGUUUUUAAUUUAAUAUGUGUUGUUUUGUUUGUCGUCGUCAGGUUGGGGUCGAUCACCAAGAUGAACUUCAGUGUCACAGUCAGACAAACAGGCCUUAGACUUACUGAUCCUAUUUGAGUUGAAGUCCAAGACUAGUGACUACAGAAGAUGAAGAAUGGGAGCCCUUGAUAAGCCCAGGAUGGAGGAAGACGCUUGGUUUCUCCCUCCACAUCUAUUAAAAUAGCUUUUACUUCUCUUGGAUCCGUGUGAAAGAUAAUAAUGUUUGUCUUUUUAACUGCCUUCGUUUUGGUGCUAAAAAGUACAAACGUUGUGCUCAGUGCUUCAAACGGGAUGGCCACAUCUUUCUUCUGGUGUUAAGGGGAGUGAAUACCUCUCUCUUCCUUUUUGUAGCAUUAAAGAAUCACAGCUGAUACUUUCCCCACCAAAGACCUGGAAACUGCAUGAUCAGGGCUUCUACCCAUAGACAGAUGAUUGUGUCUGUCUCAUGUCGCCAAACUCUACACUUUGACUUUUUAUAUAUGAACAUUUCUACCAAAGAUAUUUUACAGUCUCUUCUGUUAUUGUUUUAUGUAAGAUGUAAGUGCAGCCCAAGUGCUCCAGUAAUGUUUGUCAGGUUUAGAUAAAACAGAGGAGCCUAUCUACAUGGCUUCUGCCCCCUUCUGAGUGGUGGACAUGCAGUGCUUGGUUCAGUUGUUUUGCACACAAACUAAAUCUACUGAUGACUGACAAGAUGCCAAAAACAGACAGGAUACUGACUGACUGAUCUUCCUUUGAGUUUGACAUGAACUCUUACUGAUCACGUCGUGUUGAUCCAUGUUCGUUGUGACAAAUGAAAGCAUUGCCUCAAAGUCGUCUGGGACUUGACUGGAUCCACCACCGUGGGCCUGUGAGAUAGAUCUCACUAACAGCUUGAAACAGUGUGGUGCUUUGCCAGAACUCUGGCUGGUGACUUGUAAGCGAGGUUGUCCAGACUUUGCUUGUGCUGCAAGAGGCAGUAUGGAAAUUGGGUUGAAGCAAAGGCCAUCCAGGUAUAUCCUCAGCCUUGGUGUGUAAUGAUGUCUUGAAAGUCAAUAUAUACCUAUCGUAUGUUGCCAACAGAGAUCAGGGAAGUUGCAGUACAUUCUGAGUGGGUUGCUAGCAGGUCAGGGCUCAUUCCAUGUGAGUGUCAGGGAAAUGGCCAAAUGUCCAGUCCCUACACAUUUGACCUCGAUCUUAGUGUGCUCAGUGUGCAUCUUCACUUCGGUUGAUUGUUUUAUUUUAUUUGAUGCCCUUAUGGAUAAAGAGAACUGACUAUGAGUACCAAAUGCACUCCCAACACAACGCUGCAGCUUCACCCAGGGACUGAAAAUAUGUGGGGUUCAUUUAUUUGUCAUGUUUUUAUGUAAAUAGUCUGUGCAUGAGAGGUGUGUGUGUGUGUGUGUGUGUGUGUGUGUGUGUGUGUGUGUGUGUGUGUGUGUGUGUGUGUGUGUGUGUGUGUGUGUGUGUGUGUGUGUGUGUGUGUGUGUGUGACUUCAUGUGUGCAUGUUCCUGUCUGUGUAUGUUUUGUCGAUCAGAGAGAUCUUUCCCAUUGCUAAUUCCGCUCCUUCCUCCGUGGCAUCACUAGAGAAGGGUAGACUUGUCCAGCAGUAAUGGUGAUCAUUGCGCCACUACAAUUUGUGCUCAGGAUAGGUUGAGACUGCUGUUUAGUACAGCUAGGACCAGAGUAGCUAUUCAUUUAAUGCAAUAGAGAGACUACGAUGCACAUGCAUGUACAUACAUGUCUGUACUGUAAAAUCAGUUUGUGCCUCUUGUAAAGGAAUAGCAACUGGGCAUUGGGAACAAAAAUCAACUUGUUUGUACGUGCAAUAUUAUUUACUCUGGUUAAUAUCGUUUUCUGUUUUUUUUUGCAGUUUUUGUUAUUUUCUUUGGUUUUGUUCCAGGGGAGUUGUGCUUAACCCAUUGUAUCUACCAUCUAGUGAUGAGUGUGAGACAUCAACCAUACAUAAACUGUUCUCGUGGUCGGGACAUUAUGGUCAGAUUUGUUCUCUCUAGGUUUUUCCACGUUUUGACCACUUACAUUUUGCUCCAUCACUAUAACUAGCCAAUCUUUAGUAUCAAUAUUUUAGAUAUCAGUGGUAAAAAAAAUAUAACGACCUCCAUCAAACUUCUGAGUUGAACUCGAGUUGGCCUAUGUUACUUGUGUGAUAAUGUAUGUGCAGUUCAAUUGUAUCAGCUAUCUAAACACAGCCAUAGUGUUACACAUCUGUUUUUAUCUGUGAUGCCCCCUGGGUGAUAUUGGUGAUUUCAUUCUGCGAUUAGGCUUUUCAUGAGAGAGCUUUAUCAAGACUCAUGGUGCAAAGACUGCUAAUGCCUCUCAGUGGAUCCAUUUUACAUGUAAAAUAUUGUUUUGAACAGUAUUUGUAUGAUGGUAGUGUCCAGACUGAACAUUUCAACCUAGGGUUAUUUAUAUGUUGAGGAUGUUUUAAACAUAAUCCUCUGUGGUUACAGCAGGAGACUACACUGAGUUUAUCCUUGUUUUUCUAAAUGUCUUCUAGGCCCAAUUUUUAUAUUUUUUCUCCUUUUUACCAAAGUUGUAAAUAUAUUUCUGACAAGGAGAAUGUUUUUAGAUCCAAUAAAAAAUAAUUGCUUGUUGUGAAAUGUACUCUCCUCAUAUUGGGGGGGUGUUAGUCUUUCAGUGAUCAUUUGUAUCAUAUUUUAUGGUUUGCAUUUCCAAUAAAAAAAAUACAUUUUUACAAA